CUGUUUGAAAGGAUGAACAAUGUCACAGAAUUCAUCCUUCUAGGCUUGACUCAAGACCCAGAUCUGCAGAAACUCUUAUUUAUUGUGUGCCUAAUAAUCUAUUUGAUCACAGUGGCAGGUAACAUGCUCAUCUCAGCUACCAUCUUCAUCAGCCCAGCCCUCGCUACCCCUAUGUACUUUUUUCUGUCCUACUUGUCCAUCAUAGAUGGUUUCUACUCUUCUUCCAUAGCACCCAAAAUGAUCUAUGACUUGAUCUCUGAGAAGAGCAGCAUAUCCUUCAAUGGCUGCAUGACUCAGCUUUUUGUUGAGCAUUUUUUCGCUGCAGCUGAAAUCAUCUUGCUGGUUUCCAUGGCCUAUGAUCGCUACGUAGCCAUCUGUAAGCCUUUGCACUACAUGACCAUCAUGAGCCGACCUAUGUGUGUAUUUCUUGUGGGGGCUGCUAUAGUCCUGGGAUUCAUCCAUGGAGGAAUACAGAUUUUAUUUAUGGCCCAGUUACCUUUCUGUGGUCCAAAUAUCAUUGACCACUUUAUGUGUGAUUUAAUACCACUCCUGGAGUUGGCCUGCACUGACACUCACACUCUGGGGCCUCUGAUUGCUGCCAACAGUGGGUCACUGUGUUUACUCAUUUUCUCUAUGCUGGUUGCUUCCUAUAUAGUCAUCCUUCACUCCCUGAGGAAUCAUAGUUCAGAAGGGCGUCGCAAAGCCCUGUCUACCUGUGCAUCUCAUGUCACUGUUGUUGUCUUAUUCUUUGUACCUUGUUCAUACCUGUACCUAAGGCCCAUGACCUCCUUACCCACGGACAAAGCCGUAACUGUGUUUUGCACUCUGGUGACACCUAUGUUGAACCCUUUAAUCUAUACCCUCAGAAAUGAGGAGGUCAAAAGAGUUAUGAAGAAGCUCUGGGGUCAAAUGUGGAAAGCUGAUGAUGCAUAA